AUGUCAGAAAAUAGAAGAGCUUCUGAAGGUGUAACAAACCCUGCCUUCACACCAGAUGAUGAAAACACUGAAAACGUUUCUUCCCAUCGAUACAGUAUUGACGGAAUCGAGCCGACGCCUGAGACGUUGCAAAUGAGGAGACUGUCAGUUUUUGCAGAGGAAAUGCCAAAUAAUUUGACAAACCUGCGAUCGCGUUAUUGCGAUACAACAAUCUUUCGAAAUAAAAACUUUGGUCUUUUGCUGGCCAUUUACUUGCUAUGGGCAGUUGGGGAUUCGUUGCUGAUAUAUUUGCCGGCAUAUGCUGAAAGCCUGGAACUGAGUCGAGAAGAAGGUGCUAUGAUUAUGUCAAUUUAUGGAAUCGUCUCCACCUUAAGCCAGAUUUUAGCAGGCUUCCUGGCUGAUGUCGUACACAUCCCGAUAAGUUAUCUUCUGUUUUCGGCUGUCUUUGGCAUGUCUUUGAGUAUAUUAGCCAUUCCUUUUUGCCAAACAUUCACAACACUCGCUUUAAGCACGACCGGAUAUGCCACCGGAUAUAGUUUUGGAAUCGCGCUUCGUAUUGUACUCAUUGCAGCAAUUCUUGGAAUUGAUAAAAUAUCCGAGACAUACAGCAUUGUAUCAAUUUUCAUUGGAAUUGGGUAUAUAGUAUACCCUAUCGUUAGUGGACAUCUUUAUGAUUUCACCCGUUCUUUUCCCGUCAUCUUCUACGUGGAUUCUGCCAUUGCCUUCCUGGGAGCCAUCUUAUCGUGUGGAAUCAUUUAUGCACAAAAGAAGGGGAAAUUCAUCAAUAAAUAA